AUGGCUCCGUCUUUGGAGCUUGCUGUGCUGCUGUGCAGCACCUGGCUCGCACUCGGGGCAGCCCAAAGCGCGGCAACGUGUCGCGGUGGUAAUCUCAGCAACAGCGCGUGCCAAGAUUGUCGCUUCAUUCCUGCCAACUGGCCUUGUACCAAUUCCGAGUGGGGGGAUGGUCUCUGUACCGAUGCCUGUGCCCCCGAGCUUGACAUUGAUUGUUACCAGCUGGUGGAGCCAACUCUCGAGUGUGCCAACUCGGAUUCAGCCAACGCCCUGCGCCAAGUGGACACGGCCUCCCAAGUCUUGUUUUGGUUUUUCAUCUCAGUUUUCAUCUUUGUUUAUGGGGAUGAGCAACGCGCUCAAUGUUGGCUUUUCCCCAUGUGCCUGUGUAGUGCCUUGCCACGAUAUGCCGAUGUAGGACCGCCUCCGGAUGAUUUGACGGCCCGUGAGGCCGUGGAGCAGGGCACAGAGUUGCACCAUGUUGAGACGCGCGGAGAGGCUGAUAAAAUGCUCGAGCCUGCGCCCAGCUAUGAAAACGUCAUGAAGCCGGGCUCGCAUCUACGCAUUGACCUGAGCUCUUUGCAAGGCACCGGCGCGCCUCCACCAACUCCAGCUACAAUCGGUCUGCCAUCACCCAUGCGGCCGGGCGUCUUACCCACCGAGCUACGGUCACCCCAUUCGCCACGCAAUCCUCCGCCCCUGCUGUUGCAGUCGAGCUACUAUCCCGACUUGGGUGUGAUUGCCGAAGCCACCAACCCGGACCACGAGACGAGUCAAGCAAGCCGCCACGACUCGAACAGGGCAAUGUCACCAGGUCGCGCUACUGUCGGCCCAGUGGGCGAGGGUGAGGUGGUACCAGAGCUCUCGGCGCCAGCCUCCGAGCCAAACCCACCUGCGCCGCAGCAUCUGUCUGCAAACUCGCUGCAUCGCAGCGUCGACGUGAUUGACGUCGAUGAGGUACAACGCAAUGUCAGUCCGUUUUCUUCGCGCCGCAGCAGCGCCAGCCACAUCACUGGUGUUGAUGCGGGGAGCCGACGGCCGAGCGAAUCUGUGUUUGUCUACGACGCUGAAUUGCAGUAG